AUGUUGAAUUCGCGUCGCGCGCUUGUCGCGGCCUGUUUCAUCCUCGUCGUUUUCUUUCUGAUCUCGAGAUCAUCCCACGACACCACGACAGCCACGAGUACGACCUCCAGAACCUCAGAUUCGGACACACAAAAGCCCGUAAGCGAAAACCCAGGCAGCCAGGAUGUCUCUGGCGACGGCGCAGCAGUCGUCGCAGGCGGCACCAGAAGGCCCGCGGCCAUUCGAACGCCUCAGAAGCCAAUGAACGACAUGUCUCACAUGUCGACCUACGACAAGCUUGCCUACGCCUACCCCUACGACGUCACCCUCAAGUUCCCUGCCUACAUCUGGCAGACGUGGAAGUCUACACCCGCCGACGAGGGCUUCGAGUUUCGCGAGCAGGAGUCGUCGUGGUCCGACCAGCACCCGGGCUUCGUCCACGAGGUCAUCAAUGACGACGUUGCGCGCGAUCUGCUGCGCCUCCUCUACGCGUCCGUCCCCGAGGUCCUCGAGGCCUACUCUGCGCUACCCCUACCCGUCCUGAAAGCCGACCUGUUCCGUUACCUCAUCCUAUACGCCCGCGGAGGCAUCUAUUCCGACAUCGAUACCUACGCCAUCAAGAGCGCUUCAGAGUGGCUGCCUGAGCAGGUGGCUCGCGACACGGUCGGCCUUGUCAUUGGCAUCGAGGCCGAUCCCGACCGCCCGGACUGGGCCGAUUGGUACAGCCGUCGCAUCCAAUUCUGCCAGUGGACGAUCCAGAGCAAGCCCGGUCACCCUGCGCUGCGCGACGUCAUCGCCCGCAUCACCAAGGAGGUUCUCGAGCUCAAGCGCGCCGGAAAACUGGCCAAGUUCGUUAGCAACGACGUGGUGGGUCUGACCGGCCCUGCUGUCUGGACCGACACCAUCAUGGACUACUUCAACGAUGGGCGAUUCUUCGACAUGUCGCAGAGCAAGGGGACCAUCGACUACCGCAACUUCACGGGCAUGACUUCCAGCAAACGCGUGGGCGAUGUCGUUGUCCUCCCAAUCACCAGUUUCUCACCGGGCGUGGGGCAGAUGGGUGCAGGAGAGACAGAUGACCCCAUGGCGUUUGUUAAGCACGAGUUCGAAGGUACCUGGAAACCAGAGAGCGAACGUCAUAUCGGUGAAACGAAAACCACUUGA